AUGUUUUAUCCAAAUGCCGUUGCAAGACAAUGGAUUUCGAUUGCCUACAAUAUCAUCUUCAUCAUCUCGACAAUUCUUCUAUUGGCGGCUCUCUAUUUUCUACACUUUCAAAAGUCGAUGACGUCAAAAACCUACAAAAUCCUGCUCACUUUGCAAUUGGUGAUCGGAUUCACCGACGAUAUCACGGCCAUCUCGGCUCAUUUCAUCGUAAUUCCCGAAUUGGCCGUCUUCUUUUUGCUCACUCCAAUCAUCCCAUCUAUUGGAUUCAGUAUUUUUCUCGCCGCGAUUUUCUUCUUUCAAUUCCAUCUCAAUCACGGCGUUCUCUUCAUCAUCGUUUUGUACAAAUUCACGAGUCUCUAUCCGGAGAAAAUCGUCGUUCGUCGAGUGCUAUCCGUGAUUGCUUUUACUUUGAUUGUCAUGCUCGACUUUACGUUGGAGUAUUUCUUUCACGAUCUCUACUCGAGUGGACAAUGUAUCAUCGAUGUUGGCCUGAUCUGCGCGAGGAACAAUCUGCCUUGCGAGCCGGAGAUGCCUUUCAUGAUGCAAUGUCGUUUGACUGACUACCAAUUGAAAAUAAUGGCCGUUGUUUUGAUUGUUCUCAUUCUUCUUUGUCUCACUGUCAUCGGCUGCGUCUCGAUGUUCGUCUAUUUCUCGCGACACAACAAGACGGUGAUGAGUUCGAAGACGCGCGAGAUUCACCGGUAUUUGUCGAAAUUGCUACUGCUCCAGUGUGCAAUCGUUUUUGUCUGCGAGGCUCUGCCGAUGUCAUUCGUCACGCUUGCCUUCAUCAAUUUCUUCCAAAGUGAUUUUAUUUCAACGGUUGGCGGUCUAGCGGUGCUCGGCGCGAGCCUCCACUCGUUUUUCACGAGUGCCACCGUGAUUUUUGCCUCGAAGACCUAUCGUGGAGUGAUCAGCGGAUGGAUUCGGAAAAUUCUGCCUAAAUCGUGUUUACCUUAUCCGCAAACUAUAACAGUGGUCAGCACAUCAAAUACCUCAAAA